AUGAAAGAUAAAGCAAACUCUUCAGAUGAAGACGAACCGCAAAUUUUAAGUGAGAGUGAAUCCGACGACGCCACCUUUGAGGCUUAUGCAAAAAGGUUAGAGGAAGAUGAAGAAGCAUUAAAACAAGACGAAUUGUUUCUCGAAGGGGUAGAAAACCUUAAAAUUGGAAACUGGGUUAUGGUCUCAUUUAAAGCAAAGAAAAGUAUACUUUUCUAUGCUGGUCAAAUAACAACGCUUGAUGAAGAAUCGCAACCUACCAUUAAGUUUUUAAAAAAAUCAAACCGAAACGCGAAUAGUUCAGUUUUUCACUGGCCUGAACAAGAGGACCAUCACUUGGUGGCUGCAUCAGAUAUAGAGCGAGUUUUACCAGAAUCCACUUUAGGGCGAAGAGGAGAACUAACUUUUCCAGUAUUCUUUGCCCCGUAUAACGUUAAAUAA